AUGGCCCCCCAGACCAAGCCGAACACCGACAGCGAUGGCGAUGAGAGGAAGCGACAAGAACAAGACACCAAAGCCGUCUAUUGUCGCCAUAUUGUUUUCCUCUUCUCUUCGAAGGAAAUUGCCCUGUUCACCUCAAAUCGCAUUCCCCGAAUCCCGCCCUGCAAGACCAGCAGCCGGGCUAACGCUGCCGCUAAGGCAGUUGCGAAGGGCUCCUCGCUUCACAAGUCCCGCAAGGUCCGCACCUCGACCACCUUCCACCGCCCCAAGACCCUCCAGCUCUCGCGGUCUCCCAAGUACCCCCGUGUGUCGAUUCCCCGCGAGCCCACCCUCGAUGCCGCCAAGAUCAUCCUGUACCCUCUCAACACCGAGAGCGCCAUGAAGAAGAUCGAGGAGAACAACACCCUGGUCUUCAUCGUGGAUGUCAAGGCAAACAAGCGCCAGAUCAAGCAGGCCCUGAAGAAGCUGUACGAUGUUGACACCGUCAAGAUCAACACUCUCGUCCGCCCCGAUGGCGCCAAGAAGGCCUUUGCUCGGCUAACCCCCGAUGUUGAUGCUCUGGACAUUGCCGCCACCAAGCUGGCUAUUGUCUAG